GUGAGCUGGAGAGCGAAGAUGGGAGCAGGGUGGGACAUUGCGCAUGCACGGUGGCCAUGGCCCUCAUCACCGGUUAUAUUCUCGCUCCCUUUUGGUGACUGACUGUCUGGCAGGCUUGGCUCAGCAUUGGAACGUGAGGAAAGACUGUCAGACCUUUUAGGUUCAUUUAGCAAACCUCGUUGGACGUUGGAACGGAUAGAGCUAUUUGACGAAUUUAGUCCUUGGUUCUGUUGCAGGCGAUAGCUGCAGACACAAUUUUGUCUGGGCGUCGACUGUUCUCAACCCAUCCGAGCAUCCAUUCCUUUCAUUGCUAGCGGUCUAGCUAACAUCAGUGAGGUGACUACCAUAAUCGAGGAGGCUGACAACGCGCCGCUAAGAUGUCCGGGUACCAGGGAAAGAAAAAUAUCCCACGCAUUACAAGUGAUCGUCUCCUAAUCAAAGGUGGGAAGAUUGUGAAUGAUGACCAGUCUUUCCUUGCUGACAUCUAUAUGGAGGAUGGAGUCAUCAAGCAAAUUGGAGAGAACCUGAUUGUUCCUGGUGGGGUGAAGAUCAUUGAUGCCCAUGGGCGCAUGGUGAUGCCCGGGGGCAUAGAUGUGCACACACGCUUCCAGAUGCCAGACAGGGGCAUGGUGUCAGCAGAUGACUUCUACCAGGGCACCCGUGCUGCUCUGGCUGGGGGAACCACCAUGAUCAUUGAUCAUGUGGUUCCAGAACCUGGUGUGAGCCUGGUGGCAGCGUUCAACCAGUGGAGGGAAUGGGCCGACAGCAAGUCCUGCUGUGACUACUCUCUGCAUGUGGACAUCACUGACUGGCACAAGGGCAUGCAGGAGGAGAUGGAGAGCCUGGUGAAGGACCAUGGUGUCAACUCUUUCCUGGUCUAUUUGGCUUAUAAGGAUGUUUUCCAACUUUCCGACUCCCAGAUGUAUGAGGUGUUCAGUGUCAUCAGAGACCUGGGAGCCAUCGCUCAGGUGCACGCAGAGAACGGGGACAUCAUUGCCCAGGAGCAGUGCAGGAUCCUGGAGCUGGGCAUCACUGGCCCUGAGGGUCAUGUACUGAGCCGCCCGGAGGAGGUGGAGGCAGAAGCAGUCAACCGGUCAGUCACUGUGGCCAAUCAGACCAACUGCCCCCUGUACAUCACCAAGGUGAUGAGCAAGAGUGCUGCUGACGUCAUCGCCCUGGCCAGGAAAAAGGGUACUGUGGUGUAUGGAGAGCCCAUCUCUGCCAGCCUGGGCACGGACGGCACCCACUACUGGAGUAAGAACUGGGCCAAGGCAGCUGCCUUCAUCACCUCCCCACCCCUCAGCCCCGACCCCACCACCCCCGACUAUCUCAAUUCACUGCUCUCCUGUGGUGACCUGCAGGUGACUGGUAGUGCUCAUUGCACGUUCCACACCUCCCAGCGUGCCGUGGGCAAAGACAACUUCACCCUCAUCCCAGAGGGCACCAACGGCACUGAGGAGAGACUCUCCCUCAUCUGGGACAAGUGUGUGGUUACUGGAAAAAUGGACGAGAACCAGUUUGUGGCUGUGACCAGCACCAAUGCAGCUAAAAUCUUCAACCUGUACCCCCGUAAGGGCCGCAUCGCAUUGGGCUCUGACGCCGACCUGGUCCUGUGGGACCCAGACGUCAGCAAGAUCAUCUCUGCCAAGAGCCACAACGUGGCUGUGGACUAUAAUAUCUUCGAGGGCAUUGAGGUGCGUGGAGCUCCCCUGGUGGUGAUCAGCCAGGGCAAAAUCGUGUUGGAAGAGGGAAACCUCCAUACCACUGAGGGCUGUGGGCGCUAUGUGAGCCGCAAGCCCUUCCCUGACCAUGUCUACAAGAGAAUAAAGGCUCGCAGCAGGCUGACGGAGCUGAGGGGUGUCCCCAGGGGUCUCUAUGACGGGCCGGUGUGUGAGAAUGUGACACCUAAGGUCAUGACUCCGGUCACCUCGGUGAAGACCUCUCCAGCCAAGCUGCAGCAGCAGCAUCAGCAGCAGCAGCAGGGUCCUCAGCCAGUCCGCAACCUGCACCAGUCUGGCUUCAGCCUGUCUGGUGCGCAAGUUGAUGAUAAUAUUCCUCGCCGCAACACCCAGCGCAUCGCGGCGCCCCCUGGUGGUAGGUCGAACAUCACCAGCCUGGGUUAAGCUCUCCUGUCAGCUGAGCCAGGGAGGAGAUGAGCGGGAGGAUCCACCCCAGCUCCCAGACAAACCAACACAACCAACGGAGGGAGCUUCAUCUGUGGUCCUUCUCCCUGACUCAACUGCACCCUGGUCAAAAACACUCCAUCCAUAUUUAACAGCUCUGUCACCUCAUUCAAAUAAAUAAAAUAGAUAGCACUCAAUGUUUUGUUUUGUAUGACCUACAUGCCAUUAUAUGCCAUCUUCAUAUUUUUUUAAAAGGAAGAGUCAAGUGAAUUUAGACAGCGCUUGAUGUUUUACUGUUUUGUGAUAUAAAUAUAUUUAUAUCCAGUUUAAGUUUAGGCUUUGUUUACAUUUUGGCUUUAAAUUGUACAAGAGGAACUGUGGAUUGCAGUCAUGUGGCAUUUGAUGUAGCUGCUAUUUAAUGGACCUUCUUGACACGCAUUGUUUCCAAUAAGUGAUAAAUGUCGUUUUUAUGAACUAUGGAGACAACGCAUUGAAUCAUUGUCAAAGACGUGGCAUUUUUAACUAAAAUACAUCUUUAUUGUUUUCCUUCCAUCCUAUAAGUGAUGGAAGGAAUGCAUUUGGUAUAUUUUUAAGGCUUUAGAAUAGUAUUGUUGAAGUAACUCAGAGGACCUUUUCGCCUCUCUAAGUCAGUUUGCAGUAUUUGUAUGACUUUAAACAGCUGUGAGUUCUAGAUAUUAUCCUCCCAGUCUUUCUGGUCAGUAUUACCACAGAAGUUUCAGCUGAACAAAUUCACUUCAAUCUUCCUUUGUCUCAUUGCUGCACUUUUUGUAUUGUAAUGUUUUUGUUGUUAAUGUUAUACAUUUUCAAUUGUGUCUAGAGCUAAAACACUACUGUAAUCUCUGAAAUAUUGACUAUUAGAUCUUAGCUUGUUUGCUGAUGGAAUGCACAGAAGUCAAAGGAGAGGGUAUUGUAGGGUUAAACCAUUCAUCUCCUCACCCCCCUCAGUCGGAACACCUUUGACACAAAGUAUGCACAAUCCAUUGCAGCAGGGAGAACCUUCUGCAACAAAAAAAAACGGACAUUUUGCCUCUAUUUCAUCCUUUUUCUUCUUUGUUCACUAGCUGUCCAAAGUUAAAGCUCGCCAAGACACCAGGCUUCCUAUAAUCACACUGCUGUUUAUUUCUAAUGACACUGACAGCCAUGCUGGAUAAAAGGUUGCCCCUAACAACCUCUCUGGUGCUAUUUGAUCAAUGCUGUGUAUGUGCAGAUGGUGGUGCCUACUUUUUCCACUCAACCACAGCAAUUCAAGCUUUGUGAAAACCACUUUACGGGGGAAGCGGGGUCAGCUAUUACCAUUCCUCCAUCAUGGUCUCAUACGUCACAGGUCUUCGUUUUCUAUCUGCUAAAGUGCAAAAGGUGAAUCUGUGAAAAUGUUGAUUUGUAUUAGAUGUUUGUUUUAGUUUUUUUCAGAAUGUUUGUUCAAUAUCACUUGCCUGCCUAUUCUAUAAAGUAUUGAUUGAUAGCACACUAUAAGAACCAUGUAUUUAUGAAAAAUAUAUCUUAAGCACUGUCAGUGACCAAGCUAGUACAAGUGGUGCUUUGAGAUCCAGUGAAAAAAGCUAU